AGUGGGGUAGUUGCUCCUACUGCGAGAAGAGAUUUAUCUUUGUUCGGAAAUCCUCCGACUUCUCGACUGGGCGCGGCGUCGAUCCUCCGCCUGCUCCUUGCCGGCGACGUGCGAGGUCCUCCCUUCACUCGCAGCAGGGGGAGGGAACACGAAGAGGGGAGCUGAGCGGAGAAGAGCCGGAGGCCAUGGACACGAUGCGCGGCGCGCUGGAGCGGGCCAAGAUGCUGGUGGGCAUGGAGGUCGACGAGGAGUCCGCGCUGCCGCCCCCCGAGGAGCAGUCCUUCUUCGACGACAUCAACCGCCAGUGCACCCUCAACACCACCCAGAGGCUCUAUGGUUUCGCGAUUUGCUUGGCUGCCGGCCUGACAUGCACCUUCUUGUCAAUGCUUGUUUUCUUCAAUCCGGUGAAAUUUGGGGUAACAUUCACCCUUGGCAACUUGAUGGCCCUUGGAAGUACAGCAUUUCUUAUAGGCCCCAAAAGGCAGUUUGAUAUGAUGCUUGAUUCAGUGCGAAUAUAUGCCACUGCUCUAUACAUUGCAAGCAUCAUAAUUGCUCUAUUCUGUGCUCUCUUGGUUCACAGCAAGCUGUUGACUCUGCUGGCCAUCAUUUUGGAAUUUGGUGCCCUUGUUUGGUACAGCCUUAGCUACAUACCUUUCGCAAGGUCGAUCGUGUCCAAAGUGAUGACAUCCUGCUUCGACACCGAUUUCUAGAGCAAACAUUGUUGUCUGCCGGAUUUAGAAAGAUACUAUCUGUAAUCUAGCGUGUACUUCUGACAGAUGAGGAGGGAGUCACCUCACCACCUCCAACAGGGCAACAGGCUAUCUUGUAAUCAUUAAUCAAUGUGAAUCUAGUUGUGUGCAUUUCUUCAUGCUAGACUAGAAGAUUGUGCUAUUGUCUGUUCUCCCCCUUCCAUGCAUUUACACGUGCAAUCCGCGCCUCAGUUUGUUUGGGCCUC